UACUUCUUCGGUUCCGAGAUCAAUCUGGUGUCGCCCUUGGAUCUAGAGUGUAUGGAGCUGCUGUUAGCCUUCGGCGCUCAUCCGAACACGCGGGAUCGCGCCGGGCUGACGCCCCUCAUGAAGGCCGCCAGACUGCCGCAGGGAAUAUCCUCGGUGCUUCUGCUGUUGAGCUACGGCGCGGACGUGAACGCGACGGCGGACGCCAGGCACGAUUACCGGACGGUGCUGCAUUACGCGAUCCUUGGCGGCGAUCCGACGGUGAUCAAUCUGCUGCUGAAGCAAGGCGCCCGGCUGGACCUCGGGCCGGACUAUCAGAAACCGACGGCCCUCGAUCUGGCCAUACUCAAGGGCGACCCGUCGAUCGUCGAGAUGCUGCUCGAAGCGGGCGCGGACGUGAACGCCACGUCGCCGAUCAUCGGGUCACCGCUGCACGUGGCGUGCGCGGAUAACAUCCCGAACCGGCUGGAGAUCCUGUGCAUGCUGCUGGAGCGCGGCGCCGAUCCCAAUCUGGUGAUACGCAGCGACGACGGGCCGGCGUUGCGACCGGUGCUCGCCGAGUACGUCGCCUCGAACGAGAACCCGUCGGUGGAAAUAGUGGCGUUGUUGCUCAAGUACGGUGCCCGGGUGGUGAUCAAGACGCAGUUCCGCGACCCACACGGCAUCCUCAACUCCUUGCAGAACACGGCCGACAAGCCGCGGCUGCUGCGGGCGCUGCUGGAGGCGGCGGAGAGCUUCGAUCCCUGCAUGAUCCGACGGUCCAGCAGCCUGACGGACGCGCAGAAGGCCCUGGUGAUGGAGGCGGCCAGGACCCCGCUGCCGUUGACCCAUCAGGCGAGAUUGAUAGUCCGCAAACUCUGCGGCACCAGGCUACCGAAGAUCGUCAGGAAGCUGCAGCUGCCGCAGUCGUUGCACCGUUAUCUCCUCUACGACUACUACUAGUCGAGAGAUUGUUGGAGAUCGAGACGUUUGUCGGGAGGGAUGACGUUUGUCGGAGCACUUUCUUGGAUUUCCGAGCUUCAAUCAAAAUCGUAGACUUGAGAUAAGAAAGGCGAGAAUCAUCUCAUUAUAAGCGACCUGUACCGGCAUCGUCGAAGUCUGGUUUUUUUUUAAGAUGCGGAAGAUAAAGUAUUUGCGCGCUGUGAGUCCCCGUCAAUUCGAUGAGUACAAUAACGAGGCUGUCGAGGUGCCUUUUGUUUCUACGUUAGAAUCCUUCUUUUACACAACGCGUGUAAAGUGAUAUAACGCUUAGACAGCACCACAUUUAUAUUUUAUCUAUAUACUGUUACGAUUCUAGUCGCUAAAUGUACGUUUUGUAUGUAUGUAUUUUCUCUCUACUUUCGCAUGUCGAGAAGAUCGUUCGUGAUAGAAGUGAUAUAUAAGACGCGCUCUCGUUGCUCAAACGCGCGAAUGUACUCCCGAGCGCUCUCGAAUCGUCAAUCUGGAAAUAUUGCGCACAGAAUCAAGUACCUUGCAGAGUUAUCGUGGCGAAGUUACGCGAAGUUUGUCGCCGGACAAACAGCCGGGGAGGAUUAUUCUUUCGAUGGUCGCGAAGUGAUCGACUUCUUUUGUACCUUUGUAUAUACGACGAUAUAUACGCUCAAUGUACAAUAAAGAGAAAUAAAGGAGAAUCAAAUUGGAA